AUGGCAAGCACCAACCGCCCUGCCGAUCCUUUGGCCAAAGGCACUUUGGCCACCGCAAAGCAAGGUCUUAAGGACUUGUUCAUCUGGGACCAGCGUGUUGUGGUCAGGAACGACUAUGGCGAGGAGCACUGCGAGUGGCAGAAGCCUGAGCCGCUCAAGAACCCUUUCAGCCUCUUCGCUCAGCUCCGUCUGAAGGACUGGCUUUACUUCGUCGUCGGCUUCCUUGCGUGGACUGCCGAUGCCUUCGACUUCCACGCUCUAUCUAUUCAGACCACCAAGCUGGCAAAAUACUACCACCAGAGCAACACUAGCAUCACGACUGCCAUCACCUUGACACUGCUCUUGCGUUCAGUUGGUGCUGCCUUCUUUGGACUUGCCGGAGACAAGUUUGGCAGGAAAUGGCCCAUGGUCCUGAACAUGAUCAUUCUUGGUCUUCUCCAGAUCGCCACCAUCUACUCUGCUACUUUCCAGCAAUUCCUUGCCGUCCGUGCCCUUUUUGGUCUCUUCAUGGGCGGUGUCUACGGUAACGCCAUCUCCAUGGCCCUCGAGAACUGUCCCACCAAUGCUCGUGGUCUGAUGUCUGGUAUCCUCCAGCAAGGAUACUCAUUCGGUUAUGUGCUCGCUGCUUGUGCCAACUUGGGUGUUGGUGACUCAGUGAAUUCUUGGAAGACAGUCUUCUGGAUCGGUGCCGGUUUCUCCAUUGCCAUUGGUCUCGUUCGUAUCGCUUUCCCCGAAUCCAAGCAGUUCAUCGAGGCCAAGAAGGCUGGCAAGAGCGGAAAGACACCUGGUGCUUUCUGGGUCGAGACCAAGGCUAUGCUCAAGAAGGAGUGGCGCAUGUGUCUUUACUGCAUCUUCCUCAUGACCUGGUUCAACUUCUACUCGCACACUAGCCAGGACAGUUACACCACUUUCAUGAAGCAGUCCAAGCACCUCAGCCCCGCCGGUGCCAACCACUGGCCGGCUUGCGUCGGUGGUACCAUUCUCGGCUAUGGCUCGCAAUUCUUUGGACGUCGUCGUACCAUCGUUUGCGCUGCAUUCAUCUCCGGCUGCCUCAUCCCCGCCUGGAUCCUGCCCACCACCGAGCGCGGCCUGGAGCCUGGGGUGUUAUUCCGAUUCAUCUGUCUGAGCUGUCGCCUCCUGCUUUCCGUUACUUCAUUCGUCGGUAUCACAUACCAGCUCGGAAACAUGAUUUCGUCUCCCUCAGCACAAAUCGUCAACGCCGUUGCCGAAGCGACUAUGAUAACUACCUCCAAGGGCACCAAGUCGCCUGCCUACGGUCCCGUCAUGGGUGUUGCGACUGCCAUCAUUGUCAUUGGUAUUAUGUGCACCACCGCUCUGGGACCUGAGAAGAAGGGUCGCCACUUCGAGCAGGCCGGACCUAUUGGCGCACAGGACUUGAACGCACCCAAGGAUAUCGAGGAGGGCAGCAUUCACAGCGAGAAGGACGGUGCUCGUGCUGUCGAGAUCGUUGACGAGAACCAUAAGGAAAAGGCUUAA